UGAUUUUGUCGAAAGAAGGACUCGACAGAGGUCAACCGCUGUAACGCUGUUGGGGUUGAUUUGAUCGGGGCAGUCAUUUUAUUUUUAAAAUUUUUCGAUUUUCUUUCGGCUGUAGCUUUGCCGGCAUCUAUACGAUAACUUUCUAUGAAGUUGGUCAACGAAGGACCAGUUUGAUUACCCCGUCUGCUGGGAAGUUCUUCUCUACUCGGGAUUUGUCUGUAAAGUGCUUGUUCGAAGGCUAAUGGCAGUGAAAAUUUUGUUUUAUUGACAAACGCUAUGCAAAAUGUGGCUACCAGUUGUACAGUCUUGGCUACUUAUAUUGAAAAGGCAAGGAAUGGAGGCAAAGGCAGUGGAGUGUCUUCUUCCUCAUGGGAAAGGAAGGGUUCAUCUCAAGGUAGUAGCCAUAACUUAGCUCCAUUGACUCCAGGAAGGUCUCAACCAAGAUCAGUUGCUCGGGGCAAUGAAAGUCCUGAUCACAGUGCUGCUAUUCCAAAAUUUGGUGAGUGGGAUGAGAGCAACCCUGUGCCAGCUGUAGGUUACACUGAGAUUUUCAACAUAAUGCAACAAGAGAAGCAAGUUGAGGCUGGUAAGGUACCAGUUGCGGCAGGUGAAAACUCACAUUCAAAUGGCUACAAGCAACCUGAUAAUAAAAAUUCCAAGAGCCGUUGCUGCUUUCCAUGGGCGAGCAAAUGAUAUUUAUUAUAUGUGGAGAGGAGUAGAAAGCGUUUGUGGUGUAAACUUGUAUUGCUUGGGUGACCUUUUAGUAUAGAGUAGUGUUUUAUUAAGUGCAUUCUUUCACUUGUUACUUUCAAAAAAAAAAAAAAGAGAAAGUCAAACGAAAGAGAAGUGUUAUUCACCAUCCUUUUAAUCAUUAUUUUUUCAUCACCCCCCAUUGUUACAUUAAAUGAUUGAAAAACUAUUUGUUAUCUUUUACUUAAAUGCCAGUCAUUUGAUGCCACAUUGGGGGAUGACAAAAGGAUAAUGGUUAAAAGUAUGAUGAAUUCAUUUUUUUGACGGGAUAACUUCGCAUUGCCCAGGAAAAAGAAAAGAGGGGGGGGGGGAGGUGGAAACAUCUCUUCAUAUUUCUGGCUUUCGCCCUAAAUCCUAUGUUGUUGUAUGUUCAUUUUAUCAUAUAUCUUUAGGCCUACUUGGUGCUUAAAUUGCCGCCAUGUUGAUCUCCAAUUCUUCUUCAAAUGAAUAUGUGAUCUCUAGUUCAAUAGUUACUUAUUCUGCUGUGAUUUAUCA